UUGUUUUGUCGUUCCCAGACUAUUUUCUUUCCUUCUCCUAAUGUUCCCUUCCCCAGCCAGACCUACUUCUCCCUUCUAGAAGGUCAAUGUAAUAAUUACAUUUAAUAAAAGUGAUGAAACCUCUACAUCGUACCUAUAAAUGAUAACCUCCCCUUCACCUUCUCCCUCGGAAUACAUAAACAAAGUCUGCUAUUUUCUUCUUCAAAUUUCCAUUUCACCCCACAAUGGCCGCUCCCCGUGAAAUAGAGGUAACCAUCUCCUCCGCCAAAGACCUCAAAAACGUGAAUUGGCGCUACGGCCCCUUAAGGCCCUACGUCGUCGUCUGGGUGGACCCAAGGAAUAAGUGUUCCACUAAAGUGGACGAGGAGGGUGACACGUUUCCCAUCUGGGACGAAACUCUAUUCAUCCCUCUCCCUGGUUCAUUCAACGACGACACCACCCUCUUCAUCGAUGUCGUCCACGCCGGCUCCGAGGAGGACACCAAAUCUCUCAUCGGUUCCGCUAAGCUCAAGCUCCGGGAAGUCAUCAACGACGCCGGCUUUGGAGAACGCUACAAGAAAACGCUCCAUCUGAAGCGACCCUCAGGGAGACCCCACGGAAAAGUUGACGUCAAAGUUUUAAUCAGAGAGCCACGCUAUCAAGCGCCCGAUCCGUACCGUGCACCUCCCUAUGGGGUCCCACCACCGGCUUCAAGAGAUUACUCAGCAGCUCCACCAGCUUAUGGUUACCAAUACUCUCAGCCGCCACCGCCACAAAAUCCUUAUUACAACGCGGCCCCACCAACUGGCUACCCCUACAGUGGUUACAAUUAUAGUGCUCAGCCUGCGUACGGGCAGGCUCCAUACGGUGAGGGAAGUGGUGGGUACUCUGGGCAAGAGGAGAAGAAGAAGAGCAAGUUUGGAGGGAUGGGGACAGGAUUGGCUGUGGGUGCGGCUGCGGGGAUUUUGGGUGGACUCGCAUUGGCGGAGGGCGUGGAUGCGCUGGAGGAUCAUUUCGAAAAUAAGGUGGCGGAGAAGGUUGAAGAUGAUAUUGGAUACGACGAUGGUGGUGACGAUUUCUAAUUUUCUAGACUGUUAAUUAAUCAAUUAAUGUAAUGGCCAAACGUGGUGUUGGUUUGGUCUGUUGAAUGAUGUUGUUCUUUCGAGUUGAUGCGACUUUAAAUAUGAGUUUUGGAUUCUGGGAUUAUGGCUAAAUGCCCUUCUUAAAUUAAAAAAAAAAAAAGGGA